CCUCAUCCAGAGUACCAUGACAUUUUCCCAUCGUCGUUCUCGUACGCCCGCAUCCCACCGAUGCGCAACGUCGAACACUUCAUCCAGCUUGUGCCUAACUAUCGUAUUCACCAUCAGGCACCUUAUCGACUCUCGAUCCCCGAGGCCACCGAACUCAAGCGUCAGCUUGAGGAGCUCCUGAGACUGGGUUUCAUUAAACCCAACAACUCCUCGUGGGUUGCACCCGUCCUCUUUGCUCGGAAAGCGGAUGAAACUCUCCGUCUCUGCAUCGAUUAUCGCAGUCUCAACCGCUACACGGUUAAGAACAACUACCCCAUGCCUCGUUCCGACGAGUUAUUCGACCGCCUAGCAGGCAACCGCUUCUUUACGAAGAUUGAUCUUCAUACUAGUUACCAUCAGAUCCACGUCGCUGCAGCGGACCAGCCGAAGACAUCGUUUCGAUUGCGCUUCGGCCACUAUGAGUUUACGGUGAUGCCAUUCGGCCUCACCAACGCACCCGCUACCUUCCAGAGGGCGAUGAAAGACAUCUUCAGGGACAUCCUGGAGCAGUACAUUCUCGUCUACCUCGACGAUAUCCUGGUCUACAGUCGUACCCUUGAGGGGCAUUUGAGACACCUCCAUGACAUCCUUGACCGCUUGCGCAGACAUGGCUUCUACGCCAAGUUGAGCAAGUGCCACUUUGCCCAGCACAAAGUGAAUUUCUUAGGACACUACGUGUCUGACCAGGAGUGUCCCACUUGUCAGGAGAUAAGCAGUGCGAACCACCUGCUUUAUGGUUUGCUCCAACCUCUUCUUAUCCCUAAGGGUCGUUGGCAGUCCAUCUCGAUGGACUUUAUUGGUCCUCUUCGUCCUCCGACCCCCCGCGGUCAUGAUGCUAUCCUGGUCGUCGUCGAUCGCUUCACGAAACGUGCAUGCUUUGUUCCGUGCCGCUAUGCCAUCUGUGCACAUGAGGUCGCCGACAUCGUGUUUGACCGAGUCGUGCGCGACCACGGCUUACCUCUGAGCAUCAUAUCUGACCGUGACCCGCGCUUUACCAGCCGAUUCUGGCGACGGCUCCACGAGGUUUACGACACCCAGCUCCGCUUCUCCUCAUCUUACCAUCCUCAGACUGAUGGUCAGACCGAGGUCACGAACAAGACUCUCAGAGUUCUUCUCCGAAAGAUCCUUCGUGAUGACCAGCAGUGGGAUCUCCACCUUGCCCACGCGGAGAUAGCCUACAACCACGCUGUCUUGCCAGCCACGGGGAUGUCCCCUUACUAUUGCGACCUCGGUUAUCACCCUCGCGUUCCCGCGGACUUCCUUCGACCGUCACAAAUGCACCCCGACACAAGUUGUCCCGCGCUGGAUGAUUGGGUUGCACACAUGACGUCGAUUAUGAAGACCGCACAUGAGCACAUAGACGCUUCCCAGACUUGCAUGGCAACACGUGCGAACCGAUCGAGGAUGGAUCAUCCAUUCAAAGUCAGUGAUGAUGUGCUUAUCGACGCCCGCCACUUACAGUUCGAAGCGGACACGCUUCGCAAGUUUCGACGUCGUUUCUUUGGCCCAUGCCGCAUUCUCGAGGCCGUCAGUUCUGAUACGGCUUCUAGCCCGGUCAGCUUCCGUAUGAAAUUGCGAGACUACCUACGCCAGACCCGUGUGCACGAUGUCUACCAUGUCUCGUUACUGCGUCCCUACUGCACACCGUCUGAGCGUUUCGCCGGACGACCAUACGAGCGCCCUCCACCCAUCAUGGUGGACGACCACGAGGAGUUCCUCAUUUCAGACAUCAUUGGUCACCAGGUCACCGACGACGACCCUCCUCACGUAGAGUAUCUCGUACGUUGGAAGGGUACCCUGAUGAGGAGGCUACUUGGGAGCCCCUCGAGCACUUACAGCAUGCUCGCAUCCGAACGCUCUAGGGUGGAUGAGAAAAUUGUACGGACUGAUUUCGUCAGAGGACUGUCAAACUCUCGUCUGCAGAAAAAGAUCCGCAAGAAAUGCAACCCUAUAGAACAUACCCUGACAGAGCUAAUUCAGUACGCAAUUAAGUACGGGAAAGAAAAUUACGAUGUGGGCCUGGACUCAGAAUUCGACGAAGAUGACCCUUCGGGUGUUCGACGCAAUAGCUACUCCACUACGACACGAAUGUUCGAAGAUCGCUUCGGGUUGGGACCGGCAAAAAAAGGCUCGGAUCGGAAAGCUUCUUCCUCUGCUUCGGCCUCCYGUCGCUCUAGUCAAACGCAAGGAAGCUGGGGCGAGGAAGAAGCAUCCAUGAAAGAAGUCGCGGCCCAACUAGUUACGGUAGUAGCCCCGUUGACGGAGUUUGUUCAAGGUUUGCAACGGCAACGCAUAACCGCCGCACAAUGGCAACAGGCGGCUAUGGCUGCCGGAGCCCCUAUGAUAAGACCGGCCGUGGCCGGGGCUGUCCCACCCCUACGCUGUUACAACUGUAAUCAGCCAGGCCACCUUGUGAAAGAUUGUCCGAAACCCCGAACUCAGGGCAGGCCCACCGGACCUUCCCAAAUCCCGCUGGCUGCUCCCACCGCUGCAGGACAGGGGAGGGUAGCCACAGUAAUGGACACAGGAACGAUGGAGAUGGUGACCCCGACGGCCACUGAGAUAGGACCCGAUGAGUAUAUGGCGGCAGCAAUGUUCGAACCCGGGACCAUCGGAGUGAUACGUCACGUCCAACGGAUUACCGAGGAAAGCGACCUCGGGCCGUGGCGACCUGGAUUCGAGGAUCUUGCGGUACCUGGUCCUGAAUACAAGGAUGGCCAUAUCGAUGUAUUGGAUGCCUUGAAGGCUCUGGAUCUUCGGAUCCCCGUCCCUAUUCCAUAUCUGCUAACCAUUUCCGAAGCGACUAACGAAAGGUUGAUCGAACGGUGCCUCAAAAACAGGCGCCGAUUCGAGGAAAGUCGAAAGGGCAAAAAGUCGGUCCUACGGGACCCACCCACAAACGAGGAGUCACAGCCCUCGACCUCAGAGGUGCACAAAGCCAGCCGGAUAGGGAUGAUCCAGACCGUAGAUUCUGCCUCGGAAAAACCCGAGGUAUUCCUCUGGGCCCAUCCUAUAACCUGGAAAAGCGUAGAGUGUGACUGUGAGAUCUGGGGAAACCCCUCGGCCGCCAUCCUAGACUCGGGAUCAUCGGCGGUCGCCAUUUCUUGGAGAUUGACGAAAGAGUUGGGAAGGGAAGGACAGGUUCAGCCCCUCCAGCCGGAUGAACUGUAUAUAUCCGCUACGGAAGAUAGUAUUCAUUGUAAAGGGCGAAUAACGAACGUGCCUAUACGGGUGGGGCCGGUGCAUUGUUUGUGUGACGUGAUUGUGCUGGAUGUACGGGCGUAUGAUGUUCUACUAGGCAUUCCGUGGCAGGCGGCGGUCGGAGCGCGAAUGCACUUUGACAGCUGGUUCAAAGUGGCCUUGGAGGAAAGCGAGUUCUUCUUGUCGGAGAUCUCAUUCUUGGCGUAUAUCGCCACGGUCGACGGACUAAAACCGGAUCCGAGGAAGGUGGCAGCAGUUCAAGACGCCCUGGCGCCAGUCACACUCACCCAGGUUCGGGCUUUUCUAGGGCUGGCAUCCUAUUACCGACGCUUCAUCAAGGGGUUCGCCGGCAUAGCAAAGCCCCUCACGAACCUGCUGAAGAAAGAGGAACAGCUGAUCUGGACGCCGAAAUGCGAAGCGGCGUUUCAGGCGUUGACAGAGGCUCUAACAUCUGCUCCUGUGUUGGCACGCCCCGACCCGACAAGACCGUUCGCACUGUACACAGACUGGCAGCCUCAGGCGAUAUCGGCGGUGCUGACUCAGCACGGCAAGGAUGGAAGAGAGCACGUCAUUGAGUAUGCGUCCAAGACGCUGAGCCAGGCGCGGGCUAAUUACGAACCGUGCAAAGGUGAAUGCCUGGCGGUGGUGUGGGGGAUUCAGCAUUUCCGACUGUAUCUGUAUGGCCAGAAAUUCGUGCUGGUAACGGAUCAUCAGCCGCUGCUGUCCCUACGCAACAACACGGGGACGCUGGGCAGGUGGGCGGUGCGUCUGCAAGACUAUGACUUCGACAUCCGCCACCGUGCCACGCGGCAGCAUGGUAAUGCCGAUGGAUUAACGCGCCUUCUGCCGCCCAACAAGUGUCCCGCCAACGAGCGACUCAUUCCGUGGAGGCCACAAGUCGUGGCGACGAAACCGCACUACGGGGAGCUACACAUGCUGCGCGACUCGUUGUCAGAACUUACCAAAGCCGAACGGCGGAGAGUCACGGAGCGGGCGCAAGACUAUCGCUGGCUGGGUCCGACGUUACAAAAACGGAAGGUCGAUGAUGACGGAGAGUCUAGCUGGUUGACGGUUCCACACCCUCUUGCUAGGUUCGAUUGGACACGAGCUGCUCAUGAGGAGGAUGCGGUCCAUUUCGCUGUCAAGUACACGGAAAAAGCCAUCGAAAAGAACGGAUGGUACUGGUCGGGAAUUCGGGAAGAUGUGAAAUACAUCGUUCAGAAUUGCCCAGCCUGCGCGGCGGACCAGGCGCCGGUACAGAUGCCUCAGACGAUGGUUCCCACUUGUGUAGAGCGCCCCUUUCAGAGGGUUAGCAUCGAUACGACGGAUAUCAACGUUCCGAGAGGGCCCGUCGAUCAGGGAGAGCUCAAUGUUCUUUUAGUGGCCGUCGAUCAUUUUUCAAAAUGGAUCGAGGCGUACCCUAUGACCAGCCAGAAUUCGCAGGAAGUAGCCUGCUCUGACGUGGAUCCGCUGCCCUUCGCCGACGAAGACGCGUGGGAGUUGCACCGUGCGCUCUACAAGUCGGUGGCGCUGGGGAUGUUCCGGUUCUUCGUGGAUCACGAAGACCACACUAUCGGGGAGCACUUCGUCGUUUACUACGUCAUCGCGCGACCCAAGCCAGCGGAGAAGGAAGGGACGGUGGCGCUGUACCCCUUCGCCCAGCUCCAGACAAUCGAUCCGGGAUUGUUGGAGUUCAUACAUCUUGAGCUCCUCUCCAUUGCGCAAGUGAUCGCGAGCGAGGACGAGGAGAUCCAACCACGAUUGCGGACGGCGACGGCCCCGUGGAGAACGUACAACGCGAUCGUCAUCCCGGAUUACAUUGCGCAACGCGCGGAGAGAUUGGAGGACUUCCCGGAGGAAAGGCCGUUGCGUCCUUUCUCGUCGUAUCCUCGACCAGCGCCACCGAAGGCCCCCAAGAAGACGCCGAAGAGGAAGAGACGCCACCCGUCGCCAGGAGCGCAAGGCAGCAGGAUCGGCGGCGGCGAGGAGGUGAUUCAGCCCACGCGUACGCGGAUUCCCAACCCUGUGCCUGGGAGCGCGGCGACGCUCAUUAAGGAGACUAUCGUGCCAUUGCCGCCCAUUCCGCGUGUGCCCGAUCUCAAUCUUGAUGGAGUCGGACCAUCAGCAGCAGCAGCAGCCGGAGGAGGAAGCCGAAUGGGAUUUUCGGAUCCCAUAUCCAGAUCCCCCGUCCUCGCGGGACCUCCCCAUUCCCGCCAGCCACCCUGGGGUGCCCCGGUCAUUGGCAUUAGUAGUUCAUCCGAGCCGGAUGGUCCAUCCGACCGAGGUGGAUUUCAUGGUGGAGCCCUCCACCAUCAGGCUCGAGGCCAUCGCGGGGGCGCCGCGCCCUGAUCCGGCGUGGGAGCCAUAUCUAACACCCCCUUUCCAAGGUUGUAUUGUGGCGCGAUUGGUUGGGAUGCUCAUCUACGAGACCGG